CAAACGCUCCCGCCCAUGACGGGAUGGGAAAAGUAUGCCUGGGGCGGGCGCUGGCCGAGCUGCUGCGGCAGGAGGCGGGGACGCGGAGCAGCGCCGAUAGCUUCGUGGCUCCGGAAGCCCCUGGACGUGGCCGAGACUGCUAGGGUGACCACCAUGAUCCCUUGGGUAUUCUUGGCCUGUGCCCUCCCUUGUGCAGCUGACCCGCUGCUUGGUGCCUUCGCCCGCAGGGACUUCCAAAAGGGCUCCCCUCAACUUGUCUGCAGCCUGCCUGGCCCCCAAGGCCCGCCUGGCCCCCCGGGAGCCCCAGGGCCCUCAGGAAUGGUGGGAAGAAUGGGCUUUCCUGGAAAAGAUGGCCAGGAUGGCCAGGAUGGGGACCGGGGGGACAGCGGAGAGGAAGGUCCACCUGGCCGGACAGGUAACCGGGGAAAGCCAGGACCAAAGGGCAAAGCCGGGGCCAUUGGGCGGGCCGGUCCUCGCGGCCCCAAGGGGGUCAGUGGUGCCCCGGGGAAGCACGGCACACCAGGAAAGAAGGGGCCUAAGGGCAGGAAGGGGGAGCCGGGCCUCCCAGGCCCCUGCAGCUGCGGCAGUGGCCACGCCAAGUCUGCCUUCUCAGUGGCAGUGACCAAGAGCUACCCAAGGGAGAGGCUGCCCAUCAAGUUUGACAAGAUCCUGAUGAACGAGGGCGGCCACUACAACGCAUCCAGUGGCAAGUUCGUCUGUGGCGUGCCGGGGAUCUACUACUUCACCUACGAUAUCACCCUGGCCAACAAGCACCUGGCCAUCGGCCUGGUGCACAAUGGCCAGUACCGCAUCCGGACCUUCGAUGCCAACACGGGCAACCAUGAUGUGGCCUCAGGCUCCACCAUCCUGGCUCUGAAGCAGGGUGAUGAGGUCUGGCUGCAGAUCUUCUACUCAGAGCAGAAUGGGCUUUUCUACGACCCUUACUGGACCGAUAGCCUCUUCACAGGCUUCCUCAUCUAUGCCGACCAGGACAACCCCAAUGAGGUAUAG